AUGACGCUGUCAAACCACGAUUCCACGUGCCGUAAGUCCUCCGGAGUGGCGUGGGUCCGGCUGAUGGCCGCCGAUACAAGCGAAAAACAGCCGAAAAAAGUGGAAAUCGCUAUUCCUACCCCAAAACGCUCUGCCGGUUGCAUCCGGGACGGCGUCGCGGUGACGCGUGUUCUCCCCCGCCGCAGUUACUACCCGCUCCCGACGCUCCUCCAGCUCGGUGACCACGGGAAACGGGGCCGCGGCUUCCUCUCCGGCGUGAAUCCUCUCGGGGAAGGGGGAAAAAAGGGAUCUCCGUCCUACGUGUUGGAACUCACUUUUAAAGCAAUUUUUCCUUCGUUGGGGGUCUUCCGGCCCACGAUCCACAUCGGAAGCGGCGGGGAGAGCGACAUGUUUGGCGACAUCUCCUUCCUUCAGGGCAAGUUUCACCUCCUCCCCAGGAGCGAAGGCAGCUUCGACUCCGACAAGGACAGCCCCGACGCGACGCCGUUCGAGUUCUCCAGGACGGCCACCAUCUCCGGACACCAACAGCCAUCCUCAGAGACUUCGUCUCCCCUCCUCAAAAAUGCCAUCUCCUUGCCCGUCAUCGGCGGGCCGCAGGCAUUGACACUGCCCUCGGCGCAAGUGAAACCGCCGCGCUUGCACCUCGAUGACAAAGCCUCGCCGAGCCGGGACGUCGUGGAGGAGAAGGAGGAGGACGGUGACAGCGAGGGCAGGAGCGUCGCGCCGCCGCUGCAUCCCUGCGCCUCGCGUUUCGCCGCCCCGACGAAUGGCUUCGCCGAGGAGAAGGGCGACACCAAGCCGCCCUUCCUCUCCCAUGCCGGCUCCCUCCUCUCCCUCCACGUGGAUUUGGGGCCGUCCAUCUUGGAGGACGUCCUGCAAGUGAUGGAGAAACACCAAGCAGAGAGAGCGGGCGAAUCUAUACCGGAUCCGGGCAGGCAGGAAAUCUUGACGUGA